AUGUGUAUGCUCCAAGAGACGGAGCAUAAUAACGGCUACGCCCCUUUUGUUGUGUUUUGGAUAGAUUUGUGCGAGUGCGGACAUUUACUUCGGGAUGAUUACCGUUUUGAGCUGCUAAUGCGAACUCUUCCGUUGACCGACCAGGCAAAGAUCCUUCGAAAAAGAGGCGCGUCAGACAAGAUCGCGUCCUUGAUCGGGGCUUUGCUGGUGCGCUACGUGUUGCUGGAGAAAAACGUGUCUGCCAAAUCAUGGCACUCUCUCGCUUUUCAGACAGGAGACCUCGGCAAGCCGUACGUUGAAAACUCAAAAUUUAAGUUUAAUCAUUCCGACGAAAAACACAUAGUGGCUGUGGCGAUCGACUUCCAGGGUGUGUCAGAAGUUGGGAUCGAUCUCGCAAACCCUGAGGACGUCGGAGACUCGCGCGAGUUUCUGACCCAUUUCGGACCAAUCUUCACCAACUUGGAGCUUGAACAGAUCGACGCGACGAUAAGUGAUCUUCCUCAAGCGUCCCAACAACAGCAUCUCUCGCUUUAUUGGGCUCUGAAAGAAAGCUACUCAAAAUUCAAAGGGGUUGGUCUCCACGGCAACCUGCAGAAAUACGAGUUCAUAAACGUCUCUCCGCCAACACCCUUGCCGCAGCAAAUUCCCGUCGCCCACCAGCAGGCAGUCUACAAAUUGCUGCCCCAUAAUACAAUCUGCAGCGUGGUGUCCUCUCGCACCAGCGUCCCGGACUUUGUAAGGGUCGACGGAGCCGAUAUGAUUGAUUACGUAACGAAUAUGCACUAG